AUUCCAAGUGAACCAGCUAGUAAGCGAGAGAAACAAUACCGAACCACAUGGACCUACAACACUUGGAAAAAAGACCAGAUGUCCUAAAUGCUUUGGCUUUCUCCCAAGACUUUGCUAACAACAAGUUUUCUACGAAAGAAAACUUGUAUGGCUGGUUCAGCUCAUACAAGUCAUGCUUGAUGAGCCUCGGUAGUACAACCAAGCAAUCUCCGUUUCCAGAUCUUCAUGUCUUCAGAGCUGGCGACGUCGACGGACUUGCACAAGCCGUGCUCAAGGCCGCAGCAGAAGAUCAAAUGUCUAGAGAUUCUCUCAAACAACUGGAAAACGCUAUCACGGCGUUACGCGCCAAGAAGUCUGAGCUAAAGGUCAAGGGUUCACAACCGACUUGGAAAUUUAGUAUUGAACGGCAUGAUCCAGACAGAGCGCAUACUGACGACUGGACAGUAGUCAGCGUCCUUAGUUGUUACGUCUUGGAGUCACUGCAGCUGGAGCUCUACUGUGAGACGUUGAUGAUAAAACUGGACGUCAAAAAGUACAGUCAAGUCAAAGAUCAGGUGGAACAGUAUCUGCGAGACAAAGCACUAGAAUACGCACGAAACCUAGACAUCUAAGUUUGGCACCUAGAUACUCGCGCGCACGCGCUGUUUUAGCUAACUUUCGCGGUAGAUUAGAAUUUACCGAAUUAUACAUAAUUCAUCAAUAUAGGUAUGGCAAGGCCAGGGGGAACUCCCGUAUAACUGGUUCAAGGUCCCGUAUAAUUUAUCGAAGUCAUACUUA